AUGGAAUCUGAGGAAGGCGGUGACGGUGUGAAUUAUAGUGGGAAUUUUGUCACGGAUACGUUUUUCCUUACAUUUGACGAUGCAGUUACAUGGGCUGAUGGUGUUUCCAUAAAAUUGGGAUUUAUAUUGGUGAAAUCGUCUUAUAACAAAACCAGAGAUGGUCGGCCGUUUUGGUAUUUGCGAUGUGAUCGGUCACGAAGGAGCAAGCCGAGAGAUUUGGAGAACGCGAUACGGAAGGACACCAAAACCAAAGCUAAUGGUUGUCCAUUCUACAUCAAGAUAUAUUAUGAAGUCAACACCGACAGUUGGAAGAUCAUUGCGAAAAAUGAUCACACCGGGACACGUAACCACCCAUUGAUUGUGUACCAAGAGGGUCACCGUAAAGUGAGCGGAUUGAGUCUGGGUGCAAAACAGGUUGUGCGGGACAUGACAAAGUCCAAGGUUGCUCCCCGUAACAUCAUGUCCACUAUUGCCGAGCAAUUUCCUGAUGAUCAUCCAAACAUCCAACACAUUUACAAUUGUCGAAAUGACUUCAGGAUGGAGAUGUCCGAAGGUAUGGAUUCUACUUACAAGACCAAUCCAUAUAACAUGCCUUUCUUUGAGGUAGUAGGUGUGACACCGACAAACCAAAAUUUUCUAGUUGGAUAUGUUUUCAUGCGCGACGAGUGCACGGCUAGCUAUCGGUGGGUGUUGCAGAGAUUAAGGGAGUUGAUUGGGUUUGAUAAAGAGCCAUCUGAAUUUAUUUCAGACCGUGAUCUUGGGCUAUGUGCGUCUUUGAGAGAAGUCUUUCCAAGGAUGUCACAUUUACUCUGUCUAUGGCACAUCAACAGAUAUGUGCAGGAUAAGGUGACGAAGAUGUUCGGAAACAAGAAGGUUGGUGUUAGUUUUAGAGCUGGCAAAUGGUUCAAAACCGUGAAUGCAACAACACAGGCGGAGUAUGAUCAUGCUCUAGCUGCCAUGCAAGUGAGGUGUGGAAAAUAUCCGGCAGUCAUUCAGUAUGUUCAGAGAACAUGGCUUUGUCAUAAGGAGAAAUUUGUGAAAUUUUGGACGAACCAGGUUCUUCACUUUGCUUCUUUGGAUAACGUAUGGGCCCGAGUCCAUUUUGAUAUCGGUAAUCACAUCAUACAAAUUCGUAAUGACUUGGAGGCAUCAAGGUCUAAAAUUGGUCAGAUGUACAGACAGUUGCCACUGUCACGUAUAAAUGGCAAAGUGUCUCAACAUUGCUUGAAAGAACUGGACAACGAGACGAAAAGGAUGCGGGAUUUGAGUUACCAGGUCCAUGAACGGUGUGGAUGUGCUAUGCGUGUGACCCAUAUUCUUCCAUGUGCUUGCCAGAUACAUGAUUCGAUAAUUGCACAGACAGGAUUGUAUAGCAACCAAAUUCAUUCUUUCUGGAAGACACUGGUUAUUGGUGAUGGUGUUAACAUUCCUGAAGUUGUUAAUGAUUCGACCGAGGAGGCUACACAUUUUCGGUCCCUAAUUGAUGAAGUCAUGGAAAGUGACCCGGCCGUACGUCGAAAUGUAACGCGAAUCAUUGAAGAGGAGCUACAUCCGGAUCAUACACACCUUGAAGAACCACAUGUCAACCUUAACACUCGUGGUCGACCGAGGAACAAUGACACCAUGCGUGAUCGUAGUUAUUUUGAGCAUGUGGACCGUCAACACACUCAACGUGGUGGUGACCCAGAACCAGAUCUGAGUGACAUUAGUCAAUGCAGGUAUUUGAACUUGCUUCCAGGCCCAAUGUUGUCGUACAUUUCGUCUUGGAAGGAUGUCAUUGGUGAUGGGAACUGUGGCUUUCGUUGUGUUGCCGACUUCUUCUUUGGCGAUCAGGCGCUGUGGUUUGACGCUCGGGAAACAAUAGCAAACGAGAUCGCUGGUUAUCCUGAUUUGUACGAACGGAUUUACGGGCUUGGGCGACUUUGGAUGAACGUAGAGCGUAUUCGAUGGGAUGGUGGGGCUGUCGGGGAGCGGCAUUGGAUGGUUACAAUUCAAGAUUUAUUUCCUAUUGCUACGUGGUUCAACGCAAGGGUGAUUUGUCUAAGGGUAGGCCUAGUACCAACUUGCUACUACCCAUGCAUCACAGUCUUAUCGCUGAGGGCACACAACGGGGUUCGGUCACCGACUCGAGAGUUUGUGAUUGCUACAGUUGGUGGAUCACAUUUCAUCCGUCUUGACCUUGUACCUGAUUCACCUCUUCCACCGAUCGUCGUUUGGUGGACUGAACACCACGAGGAUAGUGUUAAUGGAUGGGAUCAACAAUAUCAAUUGAGAAGGGACAUGUGGGAUGCAUUAGUUAGGUAG